GUGAGCGUAGCCUCGGGACGGGGGCGGGGAGAAGACCAGAGGGCGAAGUGGGAGGGAACAGGCAAGACAGAAAAGGCCCGAGAAGUUGGCCUGACGGAAGGUCUCAGGGUAGAAGGCGGCGCGUUGUGACCCGAGGAACUGUAAAGAUCAUUGGUCAGAAGCCUAUAAAGAGGACCUAAUACCAAUGAAAACAUAGGUUUGCUUGUGGCUGAAAUUACAUUCCAUCAGUGUGGUGACGGAAAAAAAAAAAUCCUCCUUUUAGAACUUCUCUUGGUGAUACCGUCAGAAAUGUCUUCCUUAAGUGGAAAAGUCCAAACUGUUUUAGGCCUUGUCGAGCCAAGCACACUGGGCCGCACCCUGACCCAUGAACACUUGACCAUGACCUUUGACUGCUGUUACUGUCCACCUCCUCCGUGCCAGGAAGCUAUUUCCAAAGAACCUAUCGUGAUGAAAAAUUUAUAUUGGAUUCACAAAAACUCUUAUUCCCAUAAAGAAAACCUUCAACUGAAUCAGGAGACAGAAGCCGUAAAGGAAGAACUGUUAUAUUUCAAAGCUAAUGGUGGAGGGGCUUUGGUGGAAAACACAACCACUGGGAUUAGCCGAGAUGUGCAGACAUUGAAGAGGCUUGCGGAAGAGACUGGCGUCCAUAUCAUAUCCGGAGCUGGGUUUUACGUGGAUGCAACUCACUCCUCAGAGACCAGAGCCAUGUCAGUGGAGCAGCUUACCGAUGUCCUUAUGAAUGAAAUUCUCCACGGAGCGGAUGGAACCAGUAUCAAGUGUGGCGUUAUUGGAGAAAUUGGUUGCUCCUGGCCUUUGACUGAGAGUGAAAGAAAGGUUCUUCAGGCAACCGCUCACGCCCAGGCUCAGCUUGGUUGCCCUGUUAUUAUCCAUCCUGGACGGCACUCCAAGGCACCAUUUCAGAUUAUCCGAAUAUUGCAAGAAGCAGGUGCAGACAUCUCCAAAACAGUCAUGUCACACCUGGAUAGGACUAUACUUGAUAAGAAGGAGCUCUUGGAGUUUGCUCAGCUUGGCUGCUACUUGGAAUAUGAUCUCUUUGGUACUGAACUACUUCAUUACCAGCUCGGCCCAGAUAUUGACAUGCCUGAUGAUAACAAAAGAAUUAGAAGGGUGCGUCUUCUGGUGGAGGAGGGCUAUGAAGAUGGAAUUCUGAUAGCACAUGACAUACAUACGAAAACCCGGCUGAUGAAAUAUGGAGGUCACGGCUAUUCUCAUAUACUCACCAAUGUCGUUCCUAAAAUGCUACUUAGAGGUAUAACUGAGAAUGUGCUUGAUAAGAUUCUAAUAGAGAACCCUAAGCAAUGGCUGACUUUCAAAUAGGAUGGUUGCUUAUGAAUUCACACCUUGAAUAUACAACUUGCGGAGAACAUUCAGCGAUUUUCAAUCCACUGUGAGAUAUUCAUCAGUUACCUAGGACUAAUGACUGAUCAUUUCCUUCUUAUGAGAACUAGGAGAAUUUGCCUUCUCUGAGACCAGCUAUUACACCUGUGCCUCUAGGGAUUACUCAGCCUAAUUGAGCCCUAUUAUUGUGCCUUAACAAAAUAAAUACAGAAGUACCUAUUUCAAAACAGUGAUUUAAAGUCUGUAUCCCCUAAGUGGAGUUGCUGUUUUUCUCCCUAAUCUAUCAGCUGCACUACUUGAGAAAAUUUAAAGUGUUUCUAGUUAAAUUAUUCCCUUCUUGAAAAUCUAACGUUUCUUGUAAUAUUGAUGAUCCUACUAAUUACCCUGCUGUUCUUUAAUUAAUGCUUAAUGAAUAAUAUGGCACUUUAAAAUAGCUUCUGCAACAAGGGAAGUUAAAUCUUGAGACUUUUUCCCCAAAGGAUACUGACUGUAAUAUGGUUACCAAUUCACAAUGAUAAAAAUAUUUGGAAGGUCAUUUUAUGCUGUCCACCUAGCUAUAUAUUCUUCUAAUAAAAUGGUUUUAAUAUCUUUGGCUUACUGGUAUCCAUUUUUGCCAUAAAUUUUGCUGUUUUGCAAAGUUUGUGUAAGAACACAUACCACUACUGAAUUAUAAAAAUUCCAUCAUAAAAGUCAAAAUAUAUUACAUAAUAUAGUUUAAUGAAUCAUUACAUUUAUAAUAACAAAGGCCACAAUUUAAUUAAUUGAUAAGAUAUAAUGCAAAAAAAAAAAAGAGAGAAAUGUUUGCCUUUUAUAUAUUCCCUUUAUUUCCUUUACCUUUUGUUUUUCCUUGGCCCUACACAGAGAAAAUCAUGCUUAUUUAUCUGAAGAAAAGGUCAGAUCUAUUGGAAAUGACAGCUCGAUGCUAGAGCCUACUCUUUAAAAGGUAUCCAGCCCUAAUAUUUUGUGUGAAUAAAGCAUCUUUAAAAACUCUUAGUUAAAACACUUAGGUCAUGGGCACUGACUGCUACUUAUAAAUUAAUCUUUUGGUUAAAUCCUCACUAUGCUAUCUGGAACCUACAAAUAUUAUCCAAACCCUUGCUGCCAAUUCCUCUUGGAUAAAUAUAUAUUGUUCAUUUGAAAUAAAACCCAUUGUGAUCCAUUUAUGAGUUAUCUUACCUAUCACACAGGCCAAUUAGAAUUAGUCAUUAUUUUUGAUGAAGUGUCUGUUUUUAAUCCUAUAAAUCAUGACAGUUACUCAGACCCAGGCAUUUCAACAGAACUCACAUCACCUUCAGAUAGGAACACCAUCAUACCUCUUGGAAAGUUGAGCUUUGCUAAAUAAAAUAUAUUUAUGCUGCUCAAACAUGAUCAAGCUUUCUGUGUAUCGGAAUAGAAAGUACCAAAGAGGAAGGAGCCAGGAGAACAAAUUAAUUCCUUUAAAUAAAAAAUGCAAAUGUCCUUACCAGAAAAGCAAGCAGAUUUUUUUUUUAAAUCUCUGUUUUUGAAAUCUACAUGUCAAAGAGUCUUCAAAGGCAAUUGGAAGGGGAACAGAUUUUUCAUUGUAAUCGUGGAAGUUGUGUGAUAGUUAGGAGAUAUCAACAUGCAUUUUUAAUCUUUUCCUUACAUGAAAGAGAUGGCUUUUGGCAGUGUGUUCUAACCAGAAAGAAAGGAUUUGUAUUACUCUCCAAAUCUACUGUACUGUCAGCUUCAAUCCACCUGAGAAAAAAGAAAAAAAUGGAUAGCUCCCAUGCAUGUAAUUCAUAAACACUGUGAAGGAGAGCCACUUGGCAUCUGCAGUCCUCGUAUUAAGUCUGCCACGGAAUGCAGUUACAGUAUUGAUUGGCGUAUGGUCAUAGAGCGACCAUAGCUUACCUUACAGACCUGUGAAAUCAAGGGCUUUUUAACCUCAUAAAAUUAAUUUUCUGGAGAACUCUUAAAGAGAAGACAUUGUAAUUGUUUUUGCUACUUCACAUAUUGCCAUUCAAAAUAUCUUUCAACCCAAAAGAAGUUAAAUAAUUUAUGCAGGUUUUUGUGUGUAUAUAUGCAUAUACUUUUUAUAUUAAAAUUUUGAGGCUGUACAGCCACUGUACCCUAUGGAGUAAAGCCAUAUAUGUAUAUAUGUUUUAUGUAUAUAUAAAACAUUUCAUCUAA